AUGGAAAUCGAUGAAAUUUUGAGGGAUUCGGAAUCAGAAUUAGAAGAGAGUUUUGACGAUUUGGAUCUGUACUCGAUGGAUGAUGAAGAAGAUGAAGAAAACAACAAUUUAGCUCCGAGUACUCAAAAAAGACAUGCUUCUAGAAAAUGGCGUUCAUCUGGCUUCGAUCCCAAGAUUUUGAAAUUUUCCGAUAGAGCAUCAGAAGUCAGCGAAGAAUUUGAAACAGGAGGAAACAAACCAUCUGACUAUUUCCAAGCAUUUUUCGACAACGAACUCAUGCAGAAAAUUGUUAAAGAAACCAACAAUUAUCAACAACAAAAUGCUGCUUCAAAUGUCGGAAAAACUGCAUUGGUACAAUACGACUGUGAAAGAAUUGUACAUCUUUUUCGCCACUACAACUUUGAUGGGAUUGAAUCAAAAGAAUCUCAUGAAAGAUUAUUGGUCAACGGAUAA